AUGGCUCCACGGCCGCGCGACGAAACUUCGUUCCCAGCCAUCGGAGUGAGUUUUACAGCCUCCUUUCGUAACGCAUCAACGCUUCUUUGGCAAAUAUUCCCAGCAAUGAUCGGCACGAUUUUUCGUGAGAGAACACACCAAGGAAAAAAUAAAAAGUAAUUCUUGAAGGCUUGAGGGAAAACUGAUGAACGAAGGGGAAAAGAAGGAAUGACGAAUGAAAAAAUACAUGGUUUUUCAGAGCACAUUCCGUCUUUUUCCUUUUACGUUGCUCCCCAAAUUUGUCUUUAUUAGACUUUUCUCUUGAAGAUUACUGUUAUUUCGGGUUUUCAUAGGAUUUGUGUAGUACAAUUCUUAAUUAAUUCAAUUUAAAAAUACUGACUCUUUAAUCCUUUUGUCAUUGCCGAUAGAUAAAUCGAAAACAAUUGACAAAAGAUUGUUUCAAAAUCGAAGGCACGCGACAUGCCCAACUGAGACAAGACAAACACCACCGCUUCGUGUUUAUUUGCUUUAUUCAAUUCAACUCCCUCGAGCCACCAAAGUUUUCCGCUCUUGUUUCACCGGCUACUAUUUCCAGAACACUUCGAGCUCAUCGCACGCAACUUCUGAGCGAAUGGGCGCAUUCGGAGAGAUGAGUCACUCUCCGAAUCAACGAAUGCGUGUACAAAUGCCCCAGCCAAUGCAGUGAGUCUCGAAUGUCAAUAAAGACCUGUCUCUUCAUAAAAGAUAAUAAAGAGACCUACAUUAGGAGGUAUCAAAAAGAUCCUUUUUAGGACCGUUCCAAUAAGAAGCGUUCUUUUGAUUGUUUUUUUUGGACAGAACUUGAAAAAAGAAAAUGAAUUUGCUUUUGAGAAAAAUGUUCAUUAUCGAUUCUCUAUCCUUUUUUUCUCUAUCCUUCGAAAAAACAAGUACUAUUAGAAGACUGCUCUGAAUCAAGAUAACUUCUUAAAAAUCUACUGAAAAACUACCACAGUAAAAAAAGGUUUUAUCUUCGAAACGUGUUCACACGAUGAAACAUCUAAAAAAAAGCCGGUGAAAUGAGGGUUCAAACAAAUAAGUAAUAAGGUUAUGGAUGUAUUGAAAAAAAGUUUUGUUAUUGAAGUUCGGAUAAACUUCAGAUUCCUUGAAUUGUUCCUGAACCAUAAAUAAAGAAAAAAAAAAACGUGUUUCGAUCAUUCUUUAAACGAAAAAAAGACUUUGAUACCUCCCCUCCCGUGGUAGAUAAAAAAAAUAGUGAAAAAAAUCUAAAUUUCUGCAAAAUUAUUACGAAAAACAAGAAUUAUAGAGCUUCUUAGGAAACAUUUUGGUUUUCACGUUCUACAGUCUGACUUCAUCCCUGAAACACAGCUCUAGCCCACUGAAACAUUGCUUCUUACAGAAAUCUUUCAGACAGAUUCCAAGAGCGCCGUUGGGUCCUCAGCCUUCGACGGCAAGUUCUCCGAUGCGCGUCGAUCUGUCAACAGCGCCGCCUUCGCGUCAAACCACCAAUAGCAGCUCCUUCGGCAGCAGAAGUCGUCCUCAGCCGCAAUCAAGGGAGCCUUUGAUGCCAGCGACACCCGUAAAGCUGCCGCAAGUCAACCUCAACACUACUAACCCUGCAGUCGUCUACUUGUCCACUACGCACACAGAUUCCAAUGGUAUUUCGUUUUUUCUUUCCACCUCCCAGAAGCGUUUUCCGAAAUUCUGAUUAUAUGAACAUUGUUUUCUGAUUAUAUGAACAUUGUGGAAUACCAGUGAAUCAAGAGUUUGUGUGCCAUCACAGCUGAUAUAAAAGUCUAAUCUAUUAUUAACUUGAAAGUUUUUUAAACUGUUAUUUUUUCAACUUAACUUUUCUGAAAGCCUGGGCUUUGUAAGUAAUUAACAGCCCCAGUUUUUUUUUUCGAUAAAUGCGAAACUCCAGAAUAUCAAAUUCAGAACUGGAAAAUUCUCCUACUUGAACCUGCCCAAAUUUCAGCGGAUUCGACAGAUUCUCGGCGAAGGCACGACAAACUCUCAGACGUCUACUCAAUGAGCGGGGAUACGGUAGAAUUCGCCCGGAACCUCAGCGACUACAUAAACGAGCGGAUACCAUACCGUACAAAAAGAAUUUCGAGAAAUUAAACUUCUCAAGCCUAAAAUUUCAGAACUCUCUAUCGGACUUCUGCUACUUUUCAGUCUAAUCGCAUUUCUCUUUAUUUUAUGUGGUUAGUCGCAGAAUCAAAUCCUUCAAAUAGAAGAAAUGUUUUCAGGAACCUUGAACUUUCCAUUUUGCCCCCUGCAGCCUAUGAUCCCUAUCUGGCUGGCUCUUGCGGGUGUUCUCUUCAUUAUUUCCGCAACUUUCCGUAUCUACUUUCUCAUUCCGCAGCCGCCACGCAGUCCUAUGCGAAGAAGGCAGAGAAAACUCGGCGCAGGGCUUUUGUGCAAAGGAAUCGAACUGCUCUUUGCUUUGGCCAAUAUCGUUUGGCUUAUUCUAGGUGAGUUGCGGAAAACACUCUGAAGACUUGAAAUUCUCGCUUUGAGGAUGCGUUUGGGUGUACGGUGGACGGCAGUAUGUCCACUUCGAAGAAGGAAUGUUCGAAAGACAUUAUUGCGAACCGAUCGUCUACUGGACUGCUUUUGUCGCUUGUACUACAUUUCUGGUGAGUUUUUCGGUGCUCGAAAUAUCUAGCCACCUGUAGCCCGAAAAUAGCUAAGAGAGCUUCCAGCUAUCGAAUUAGGCUAUUAUUUCCAAUAAUAAAACUCCUUUCUAUCUUUCAAUAUCUAACAUAUUUCCAGUUGUUGUACUGUUUCGUGAUAAUCGCCCUGAUUUGUCUACUCGCAGUCGGUUCAAUGAAAGAAUCGGCACGAACUGAAAACUCCAACCCACUUCUCGCUCGGUGA